GCCAGAAUGUUCGCGAGAUCGGGGGACCUCGCGAACUGACAACUUCGAGCCUAACGAUUCCGUAGAGAGAGAAAGUAGCCAUGGUUGAGAUACCAAAGGAUUGUGUCCUGCAGUGGGCUGGCCACGCGGGAUAUAUUACAGAGAGAUUCAGUGGUCUGUUGGCACGUCAGGCUCUAGUCGAUGUGACAUUGAUCUGCGAUGAACAAAAACUACGUGUACACAAGCUGGUUUUAGCUUCAAAUAGUAUAUACUUUGAGGAAAUACUGCAACAAGACUUGGGGCAAGAACCAAUUAUACUUUUGCACGACUUGGAGUUUGAAAUUUUGAAGGCCAUGGUCGAAUUCAUGUAUUGUGGAGAAACUACAAUAUCUCAUCAGUAUUUGCCAUCUUUAUAUACUGCGGCACAAAUUUUUAAGAUUAAAAAAUUGGUAUCUGUGAUUGAUACUAUUGUCGUCAAAAAGAUCUUGAACAAUUUUGAAAAUUGUCUAAAGCAGCAGAGAGAAGAUUGUAAUUUAAAAGAUACAAAUGAUCUGCUUAUGGAAAAUGAUUAUGUCUGUGUUAAAUGUGAUAAACUAAUAAAUAUAGACGAGAACAUCUGUACUGGAAACAAUAAUAACGACAUAAGCUCAGCCAAGAAUCAAUCUUUCGAGAACGAAAUGACUGAGGCCACUGAGCACGAUGUAGAGCACACUUUAUACGAAGAAUCAAACAUCAUUGAUGUCACGAAGGAAGAUGUGGAUAUUCCGUUCUCAAACUCUGAUGUAGAUAUAAGUAUGCAUAGCGAUACUACUAGCACUGUAUCUAUGCACGUAAGUAAGAUAAACGAAGUACAAACAAGGUGCACGAGCAGCAAUAGAGACGAAACAUACUGUAAUAGUCUCGAUUUAAAACCUAUUUUAUAUGAACAAUGCUGUGAUUUUUCCUGUGUAAAUGAACGCGAUCAAUCCUCUAUUUCUACACUAUCGCAAUCUUGCCUUCCACAAGUCGAAAGCGAUUUGGAACACUGUUCCGGGAGUAGCACAGAUGUUCCUAGCAUAGUAGGGAAAUGCGUCAAGGUUUAUACACCCAAACGACGCAAAUCUAUUGACGAGGUCCGCAAUAAGCUUGUAUAUACGCAAUGCAAUUUAGUGCCAACCCCACCGCAUUCUACUGAUUCCAUAGAUUUACUAGACGAACCGUCCGCUAACGAUUUACCAGUUACUUUAUUAACGUCUUUAGAUAUGGAGAGCGCCGAAUAUAUCUUGAGCUUAAGUACGGAAAGCAUACAAUCGAUAGUAGGUGGUACUAUAAGCGAUCAACACACAGUGAUCGGAUGUAGAGAAAUAACUCCGGAAGAAGACGUCGAUAAGCGAGUGAAUACUCCAACGAGCGACACGGAUUGCACGAAGCCAGUUCUAAGACGAAGCACGCGACUUAAUCAACAAGAGAGCGAUGAAGCUAUGAACAAUGGCUUCUCUUCGGGAACCUUUGCGGGAACCGAGAAACCGUUCAAAAAAGGUAAUUCUCCCAAUAGAACGGAAUCGUAUGCGAAAACGAAACGCAAAGGAAAGGAGGAUCGUAAAGUGCCAGAUCACAGCACGAUCGCAAGCUCAGUGCAAUCCAACAAGAAGAGCCCCAAUAACAGGAAGAGUACUUCGAAGUUGAUGGUGAGAAGAAGUAACAAGCCUGCGUGUACAGUGGCCAGUAAUAAAGAAAAAGAAGAGUCGAGACCGAGGGAAGAAGGAAAAUCGAGGACUAAUAACAAAUAUAAAGCUGAUACGGAAAGAUUAUCGGCGUCGGAUCAACAAUUCGUUGUUCCGUUCAAAUCCAAUACGUGCGCGUGCAUAAACCGCGCCUUAUGGGGCGACAUGUCCGACACGUUAGACUGUUGGGAAAGCGAGAUAGACUUGCACGCAUAUCCAUCCAACACCGAGAUUCCCUUCGCUGUUGGCUUGCUGCCUCUACGAACCGCGCUGGAGAAGAUGCAGGCGAUGCCGGAUUAUCAGCCGCGCAAAACACGUUCGUCAGUUGCCCCGUUGAAGCAAGACGCAGCCAAUAGCCAGAAGCGGAGAAACUGCACGCCCUUAGAUGUUAUAAUACCGAAGAAGCAAAAUGGCAAUAACAAUGAGAGUCCGAACACCGUAUACCACAUAGAGAUACGAACAGCAGCGUCGCAGUGCGUAAAGAGUCGUAAACGGUUCCUUCCAGAUACGAUUACAAGCCUGCCGACGACUGAUGUAGCGAAUGGUGAAAUUGAAGGAACACACAUAGAUAGCGUACUGCAACUACACGAUAUACACACGGUCUUGACACUGCGCAGGAAGAUAGAGAUUGAAGAAAGAAACACAGCAGUUUCUAUUUUUAGCUGCGUAAUUUGAUUGGCCACACGAAUACGACGAAUCUAUACGCAACUAGGCAGCGAUCUUUAUUAGUGUACACGUAUUUGCUUGGUUCUUAGGUCAACCCAGAAGAAAGAUCAGGCACGCGCACAUAUUGGAAAUUGAUUACAUGAAUGAACACAAAUAUUAGACAAGGACUCUGAUUCACGUAUGACGAUUCACAUUUAUAUCUAAAAAUCUGGCUAUUAUGUAUAUUUUGUGUAAAAUACAAUUUU